CUAAUUUCGUUCAUACUCGGCCAAUUUAUUGUGCGGCAAACACCACACAGCUCCUGCACGUGUUUUUUUGCAAACCACAUCAGUUGGUCUUUAAUAAAAUUUUCAGUCCCAAUUUUUAAUUCCAUUGUUAUACACACAUAGGUUUGUAGCAUGUAAUUGAAAUCGUCAUGAGCAGUAAAGACAUCAGUAGUUUGCAAACAGGACUUGGUGGCAAGGUUGUACUGGUCACAGGUGGAAGUAGUGGAAUUGGUAAAUCUGCAGCAAUCGAAUUCGCACAAAAUGGAUGUAAAUUAGCAAUUGUUGGGCGUAACAAGGACGCUUUGAAGGACACGGCGAACAUUUGCAUGUCCCAUGGAGUUCCAGAGGCGGAGAUUUUGGAAAUAAUUGCGGACCUAGAAAAAGAUGAUGACUGUAAACGAGUGGUUUCGGAAGCAAUUGAGAAAUUUGAGCAAUUGGAUGUUCUCGUAAACGGAGCUGGAAGUUUAGUCACUGGUGGAAUUGAAACUUUGUCUGUGGAGGAUUACGAUAAGCAAAUGAAUUUAAAUUGUCGCUCAAUUUACAUUGUGACUCAAGCAGCAAUUCCGUUUUUGAAAGCAUCCAAAGGGAGCAUUGUCAAUGUGUCGAGUGUCACAGGUCUGAGAUCUUUUCCAAAUGUCAUCUCAUAUUGCAUGAGCAAAGCAGCUCUCGACCAAUUCACUCGAUGCGUCGCUUUGGAGCUGGCUUCUGUUCCUGUUCGUUGCAAUGCGGUUAAUCCUGGAGUCAUUGAGACGAAUGUUCAUAAACGAGCUGGAAUGAGUGAUGAAGCUUAUGAAAAAUUCUUAGAACAUUCAAGGGCUACCCAUGCUUUAGGACGAGUUGGUGGACCAGAUGAAGUUGCGAAAGCUAUUGUGUUUUUAGCAUCAAAUGAACUAAGUGGAUUUAUGACGGGAGCGACCCUCCCCGUGGAUGGAGGACGGGGAAUAAUGUGUCCUCGAUAAAAAAGACACUAAUAAGUACAUGAUAUGUGUGUACCUCCAAGUGCAUAACGAAUUAUGUAUGUCUUAUUCAGGAAUGAAUAAAAGAAAUGAUCUAAUUUUGCAGGGAUUCGUAAA